CUGCCGUCCUCGACUCCUCGUCCUUGUUCUUGUUCUUCUCUGUUCUCUCUCCUAUCUAAAUUAAUUCCUAUUCUUGGUGGAAUUUGUAUAUGAAUACAACAACGAAACAUUCCUGCUUCCCAUCCCCUGCAUACAUCACCCUCCCCUCACUUUCUUCCCCUGUCUCUUUCUCUCUCUUCGCUGGAACACAAAAUCCAACACCUUUUAUUUUAUUUUACAAUUUACCCACUCUUCAAUCUUAAUCCCCUUUAAGUCAACUCCCACCCCCUUUAUAUAUUCUUCUCCAUAACCCACCAAAAAAACCCCACUCUACUCCAAAAAGAUAACCCAAAUUUCCAAUUUUCAUAUGAUCAUAUAAUUUGUAAUUACCCAUGUAAGAAAAUCAAGCACAAUUGAGAAAUUUUGAGUUUUUUUCUUCUCUAAAAACAGUUUCUUUUUCUUUUGGUGGGAAAUUUUUUGUAAUGGUUGUGAACAUGAUUAAGUGGAGGCCAUGGCCUCCUCUUGAGUUGAAGAAAUUUGAGGUUAAAAUUGUAAUUCGUUCUAUAAAUGGUUUACAAGUAGAUGUUGAAGAUGAUGAUGAAAAAAUUAAAGGUGUUGUUUUUGAUGGAUUGAGUAAAUUGAAGGUGGAUUUUAAGUGGAAAGGUUGUAAAACAAAUGGGUUUAGAUCAUUGAAGAAGAAGAGUGUGAGGAAAAAUAGUACAAGUAAACUGGCGUUGGGUCAAAACGGUGUCGUUCGAUGGGAUGAAGAAUUUAUGAGAGUUUGUGAAUUUCGUGGGUCGAAAGAUAAUAAGAUGGAGGGCGUUUUUCUUCCAUGGGAAGUCGAAUUUCUCAUCUUCUAUGGUUUGGAGAAGCGAACAAAGAAGAUGGCUCCUUUGACAGUACCUGCAGUAUUGAACCUUGCUGAGUUUGUUUCUCUGGAAGACGUGAAGGAGCUUGACAUCAAAGUUCCUCUGUCGAUCCUCCAUUGUGGUUUCAAGUGCAGUCCUUCUCUUUGUGUUUCUCUUAGCUUGAGGGAGCUGAAAACUACUCAAGAACUUUCAGUUGAAGUGCAGAGACCAAUAAUGUUUGCUCCAUUAUCGCCUUGUUUUGGUGCUUCUCCUCUUAUAAAGAAAGAUGAAGCUUCUGCUUUAAAAUCAAGUCUGAGAAAAGUCAAAAGCUUGACAGAUUUUGUUUCAUCUAGAAAAUUGAAGAAGGCAUCCAGUGGAGAAGGUAGUACUGACAGUAAGUUCUCUUCUGGAAGCGACGGUUCAGAAUAUAAUUACCCAUUUGACACAGACUCAUUAGACGAUACUGAUGAGGGUGAAUCAGAGGAAACUAAAGAGGAUGUUGAAGUUCAAAACUCUUGCAGUUAUGGUACUUUAGUCCAUGCCAACUUAGCUGGAGGAGCACUUGACCUCAAAGUCAAUUCAGAGGUCGAUGAUUUGGUUUAUUACAGUAGACAUAAAGAACAUGUAGACAGUUCACCUACUCAAGAUUUUGGCACAUCGGUCUCUGAGCAAGUGCCGAUGCAGAGUCCUAAGUUUGGGUUUUCAUGGACGAAAGGAAAGCUGAGCUUCAAAUCUCGCAGGGUUAAAGGGGAGCCAUUGCUAAAGAAAGAUAACGGUGAAGAAGGUGGAGAUGAUAUAGACUUUUAUCGCCGACAGCUCUCUUCUAAUGAAUCUUCAACGCAAUUUGGAGGUUCAUUGGGAAGUGGAUCAUUCAUCUCCGAAUUUGGGGAUGACAACUUCGCUGUCGGUAGUUGGGAGCAAAAGGAAAUACUGAGCCGUGAUGGGAGCAUGAAGCUUCAAACUCAAACUUUUUUUGCUUCAAUAGACCAAAGAAGCGAAAGGGCAGCUGGUGAGAGUGCCUGCACUGCUUUGGUUGCUGUUAUUGCUGAUUGGCUCCACUCCAACAAAGGGGAAAUGCCUAUAAAAUGUGAAUUUGAUGGCCUCAUUCGAGAAGGUUCCCUUCAAUGGAGAAAUCUCUGUGAGAAUGAGGACUACCGGGAGAAAUUCCCUGACAAGCACUUUGAUCUCGAGACUAUCGUUCAGGCCAAAAUCCGUCCCCUCUCUGUCAUCCCAGAGAGAUCUUUUAUUGGUUUCUUUCAUCCUGAUGGAUUGGAAGAGGAGUGUUUUGGCUUCCUUCAGGGUGCCAUGUCAUUUGAUAAUAUAUGGGAUGAGAUUUCCCGGGUGGCAUCAGAACAGAACAGCAACAGUGAACCUCUGGUGUAUGCUGUCAGCUGGAAUGACCAUUUUUUCAUCCUCAGGGUUGAUUGGGAUGCUUAUUACAUCAUCGACACUUUGGGCGAAAGGCUUUAUGAGGGAUGCAACCAAGCUUAUGCUCUAAAAUUUAACUGUGACACAACCAUUGAAAGGAUACCUUGUAAGAAAACUCCAUCAAAGGAUGGAAAAACCACCAGAGACUGCAAAUCUACAAAACUGGAGUCUUCCUCAUCAAAACAACAGCUAGCUUCAGCUGAUGAAGAAUUAGAAUCCAAUGUACAAGAAUUAGAAAAAAACGAGGAAGAAGUGAUGGUCUGCAGAGGUAAAGAAUCUUGUAAGGAGUACAUAAAGAGUUUCUUGGCUGCCAUUCCAAUAAGGGAAUUGCAGAUUGACCUGAAGAAGGGAUUGAUGUCUUCAACCCCACUUCACCACCGGCUACAAAUAGAGUUUAACUUGACUAAACAGUUUUCCCAAGUACCUGCCGAGUAUAUAGCUCCAGAAAAGGUGGAUGAUAUACUGGGAUUCACAGCGGCUGAUGUACAGGCAUCAAUGGCAGUUGAUGUACCAGCAGAAGCAAUAAUGGUGGCCGAUAAACUGGCUACAAGAGCGGCUGAUGUAGAGGUAUCAAUGGCAGUUGAUAAACCAGCCGAACCAAUAAUGGUAGCUGAUAAAUUGGCUCCAAGGUCGGCUGAUGUACCAGUGUCAAUGAUGACAGUUGCUGUUGCAUAGAAUAAAACUUUGUGGAAGGGCUUAUACAUGUUCAUUCUAACUAUUUCUUCUUAAUUUUUUUUGGGGGUUUAUUCUCUUUUUUUUUUUCUGGACAGACUUCUAGUAAAUGAUUCCAGAGUGUAAUUAUUCUUACCAAGUUGAGGAGGCAUAAAUGAAAGCCCCUCUCCUGUGUCUGAGUUCUAAGUGUCUUCGCCCUCUGAAGAGCAAGGGCGAUUUUUUUCACUUAGAAGUACAGAGUUGAAAUGUUAUGCCAACUUAUAACAUGAUAAUAAGGUGUAUAUGUUUUUGUCUUAA